AUGGCAUUGCUGUAUGACGCUCAACAAUUUACAAUUUAUGUUGGCUUCUUCUUUCUCAUCGCCGGUACAAUUGGCAAUGCGACGAAUAUUUUUGUAUUUUCUGAAGUUCUCGCUUAUCGUCGAACUUCUUGUACGUUUUAUUUCCUCAUCGAAUCAAUCACCAACCUUCUCUAUGUUUUGUUCAAUAUUUCUGCUCGAAUCUUGAGCGUUGCUUACGGAAUUGAUCUGACCAGUAUUUCCCGAGCAGGAUGCAAACUCCGAUACUACUUUCUUGUUACUCCAACUAUCGUUUCUAUGAGUUGUUCGUGUUUGGCUGCAAUUGAUCAGUUUCUAGUUACAUCAAAAAGCAAUUAUCUUCGAAAUCUUGUUAGUGUACGUCGUGCACAUCGAACUGUUCUGGUCGUUGUCGUUCUCAGUUGUUUACAUGGAAUACCAAUUCUUGUUUACUACGAUAUUCAAUCGAAAAUCUGUGCAAUUGUGGAUCCGACUUACUAUGAUUAUAUCAUAUUUUAUCUUCUUGGGCUGGUGUGUGCAAUUCCGUGUUCGAUUUUGAGCAUAUUUGGAUGGUUAACUUAUCGUAACAUCAAGAAGACCAAAGCACUGACCAGAUCUCGUGCUGAUCAUCAGUUAGUGAGAAUGACGCUUUAUCAAAUAAUACUUGUUAUUGUGAGUAUUAUUCCAUAUGGUGUUCAUACGGUUUAUAACAUGAUUACAAGUGCAACUGCGAAGGAUUUCAAUCGACAAUUGAAAGAAUAUUUUUCAUCGACAGUUAUAAGUAUGGUGACUUACUUUUAUUUCGCUGGAAGCUGCUAUGUAUUCCUUAUGUCAUCAAGUCGCUUUCGAAGAAACGUUCGAGAUCGAAUAUUCUGUUCGCGACAAACAAAUCGAAUCAAUCCAAUUCAUUUUAAUGUUAACCGCACCACCUUACAAUCGACUAGAAAAUGA